UACUAAUGAGGUGUGCGAAGAAUUAUGUGUGGAGUUGAAAUUGUGACAAGCUGUUAUCAAACUUUAUUUACGUACAGUUAUUUCGAUGUGUCAAAAAAAUUCUUGAAUUGUGUGAUAGCUCCGUGCCAGAUUUUGGUAACUAAAAUAAAAUUUUGAGUGCAAAAUGGAUGAAGUGGACAAAAUUAUUAUUUACUCAUUAAGACAAAUUGGUUGUGAUAUCGAGGGGGAUGCAUUUAAUUUAACAAACUUUACGCCAGAACUUUUGGUUAAGGCUGUAUCAACUUGUCUGCAAGAAAUAAAGCCAACGCCAGUACCACGUACUUUGCCACCAAAUAUGGCGCAGAGAUUUGCUGUGGCGACUGCACUUGCAGAAGCAUGUGCCAGUUAUGGCUAUCGUGGCGAUAUUGGUUAUCAAACUUUUUUGUAUCCCAAUGCAAUUGAAGUGCGACGCCUAUUAAUGUUUUUAAUAGAACAACUACCUAAAGAUAAUCAAACAUCAACAGAUGCACUAAAUCAGGGUCCAAUUGGGGAAUAUGAAAUACUGCGCAGAGAAAUAAAAGAAAAAAUACUCAAUCAACUUAAACGUGCUUGGAUACCGCAAUAUUCAAGAGCAGUAAAGCAAAACGGCUGUAGUAGCUUUAACAUUAAAUUCGUGCCACAACCAAACCUGAACAUACUGGGUACCGGUACUAUCGCAAAAGAGGUGCAAAACUAUCUACAACAACAAGCGCCAAACAUUUUUCAACAAACUGCAAUGGAAGAAUAUGACUUAAUAAGUUCUGUGAUACAUAAGAAUUCUAUAGAUCUGCAUAGCAAAGAUGAGGAAGAGCCCGUAAAAUUCACCUUUGGAGCUGAUAAUGCAGAAACUACAAAAAUACCAGAAAAGGUUGUCAAUGAAGACGCUAGCACAAAAGACGUAACUACUAAAAAUAAAGUAUUAUCUCCAGUGGAAAAACUAACUGAAGAAAUAAACCUAUUAAAAUCACAAUACGAAGCUUUACUUGCCGAACGUAAGGGAAGCAGCAUGAAAAUAGUCAGUUUAAGAAGUCAACAAACAGCGGUACAGAAUGAAAUCGAAAGCUUGCAGCAAGAAGCAAAAAUGCAUGAACGCACAUGUGUCGUUCUUGAAAACCCAAAAGAAAAUAUAGCCAAACUUGAAAACCUUAUAGCCACAACAAAGGAACGACGCAAAACAAGGGAACAGCAAUGGCAGAGCUAUCGCAAGCCAAUGGAAGAGACACUUAAAGUGUUGCAAACUGCAAAACAAGCAAAAAACGUACAAAACGUACUGGAACUACGAGAAACAAUCACACAACUGGAACAAACACUACAUGAGAAAAAUAUUCAACAUGCACAACUAAGUGAAGAACUCAAAAAUAAUCCAAAUGCAGCGGCUUUACGCAAGGAAUACACACGUAGGAUACUAGAAUUCAUAGGAAAUAUACGGAAGCAACGGAAUGAUAUCUUUAAGGUCUUGGAUGAUACGCGUGACUUACAAAAACAAUUGAAUGCUGUCUCAGCACAACUGCAACGUCAAUUCAACUAUACUGACGACUUACUAUUCCAGAGUGCCAAGCACGAUUUACAUGCCAAGAAAGCCUAUAAACUGUUGGCCACACUGCAUGAAACCUGCAGUCAUCUUGUUGAAUUGGUUUCACAAACAGGUAAUGUCACAAAGGAAAUACGAGAUCUUGAAGUACAAAUUGAUCGUGAAAAAAUGAAAAAUAUUGCUCUGAGUCUUGAACAGAUAUCGGCGGAUAUACGUAAUUUUGAAAUCGUUAUCAAAAAUAUACAAACUGAAAUACAUAAGGUCGAAAAUAAAAUAACUGCAGGUUAAAUUAUUCCCUUUAAAAAAUAUUUAAUUCCAAUUAGAACUCAAAGUUCAAUAUAUAUUAAAAUAAUGCCAAUCUAAGCAAGGAAUUGACACUUCUUCCCACUUAAAUCAUUUCCAAAUUGCAAAUAAAAAUAUAAUUAUAGAAUGUUAUGUAAAAUAGACAACAAAAUAGAAAUUGUAAAAUUAUUUUUUUGAAAUUUUAAUUAAAAUUUUGUACUCAAUUUUGUUAGAUUAAAGAUACGCACGCACAGAUGUGGUACGGUGCAAUCCCACAUGGGUUGUGGAAUAAGCUAGGUAAUACAAACAGAUCCGAUACAUUAAAUCCUUUUUGAGCUUCUAUUUACGCUUUUGCGCUGAUCUAUUGGACUUAGUAAUAAUUUCAUAAUAUUAAUAUUUCUUUCUUUGCGGUCCUAUGUUCAUUCUUAGGAGUUGAAGGAAUUUAUAUAAGGUUUCUUUCGUAUAUACUCACUCAAUUUGCCACUAUAAGUUCUUUUUAACUAAAAUUCCUGCUUUAAACCGGACAGUCAAUUAUUUUUGAUUCGUAUUUAAAAACGUGACGUUUUUUUUCCGUUGCUUGAAAGCGUCGAAAGUCAACGUGUAAAAUUUGUACCUACUAAAACCACCUCUUGGGAAUGUUUUGUGGAUAGAGUUACUGCACUCAGACCGUAAAGAUCCAUUGUACUGUAAAACUCAUUCCAAUAAUUACAUCAAUUUUUGACUUUUAAAGAAACGAAUAGUAUUUGAAAGAGGUAAGGAGCUGUUAUUCGAGCUACUUAGAUAGGUAGAUUGAAGUGACGGCCUUUUAUUCAAAAAGCCCAAUUGAACUCAAAUAUUGGCCUAUUGUAGUACCACGGGAUUAGCACUAGUACGUACAUAGACUGAAAGAUCAGUAUGCGACCAACACCGAAAAAGGUAAUGACUCCCCCAAUAGGUAAAAGAAAAUCAACCUAACAGUUCUGUGAAUUGGGCUAAGUCCAUAAUAUUAGUUCUGUGCAUUGGGCUAAGUCCAUAAUAUUAGUUCUGUGCAUUGGGCUAAGUCCAUAAUAUUAGUUCUGUGUAUUGGGCUAAGUCCAUAAUAUUACACGAUGACAGCUCGGUCAAGUCGGUAAGAAAAGGAACCUUUAAAAAGGCACUGGCGCAUGAGAUGAAGCACGGUCUCCUCAUCGCCAUAACAACAACAAAAGUUAUUAUAGGAUAGAACGAGUCUCAUAGCAUGCCUUUCUAUUUCGCAAUGGCUCGUUAGCACAGAUACCUUGUCGCUGAGUAGGUUUCGGUCUUAGUUGAAAUAGUUGACUUGUGCUUUUUUUGUCCAAUGUUCAGGUGUUUUUGUUUAAUUAAAGCUACAUACGACGUCGUACUUUACUAUUUUAAGUAUGAAUCUUGAGAAUGCAGUACAGAAACAUAAUACUGACAUUCUCUCUAUUGUGUUUUCGUCAUCCAAAUAAAGUGGAGAUUCGCUGUUGUCAGUAAAAUGUUUUGCGUAUGUGGUGUUAGUGAUUCCACCAAUUAGUAGUUCACAGUCCUUGCAAUAUAUAUCACAAAAAAACCCGUUCUUACAAUAUAAAUCACAUGAAAACCGGUCCUUGCGACGUAAAUCAUAAGAAAACUCGUCCUUGCCACAUAAGUCAUAAGAAAACCUGUAGCCGUUUCCCUAAUUUCAAUGCCACCUGAUUUAAUAAUUUGAGCUAUCCCAGUAUCUUAGGGCAUCUGUAUCUAAUCAAAUUCCAUACCGUAAAACAAAUUCUU